GUUUUCAUAUGUGUUUUGUGUUUACAAUGUAUUUGCAGUCAAUUAUCAUAUUAUAAUGAAAUCGUAUACUUAUAUAAACACAGAUUGUGAAGCUUUGCGUAUAUAAACGAUGGUAUUGUUGGCUAAUAUAAGCAUCGCUUAUGUAAUCCUAAUCUUAAUGACGUUGGUGGGAAUGACGUUAUCACUAAAAUGCUAUACUUGUCAUACAAAUGACAACAGCCUUUGCACCGAUGAGUUCUUACUGGACUGUCCAUCAAACCAGGCCUACGACCGAUGUAUGACCAGAAUAUUCAAGAAGCCCAAAGACGGGUUACACAUCAAGAAGGAGUGUGCGUUAGCCCCGUGUCAUAUCCGGGACCCGAAGCUGGCAUUUAUAACACUCAACGAUCAAUGCAAGAACAACGACGACGAGUGUAUCUUCUGUUGUCCAACCGAUGGCUGCAAUAAAGACGCCUCACAUCCACUCAAUGCUCACAAACUAUCUUCACUUUUCUAUACGGAAGUAUCGGGUCUCGAGUGCUAUGUCUGUAAGAAUCAGGAGAACAAUAAAGACAAAUGUGUGGAAACUGUGAAGACAUGCGAUCUGUCCGAAGACCGGUGCCUAUCGGAGGUCCGGUGGGGAAGCACUCCCUAUUGGGCGCCCACCGGAGAGAAACAGUUUUAUGUCUCAAAGCGAUGUUCAUCGAAGAGAAUAUGUGAGCAAUCGUUGAGGAAUACAAGCAAACGGUGCGACAGAAUCUGGUAUAACGACUGGGAGUGUGUCGAGUGCUGUAAUGGUGAUCGUUGUAACUAUUAUAUCACUGUUAGUUCAGCUAUUAAUUACACCCACUAUUCAUCCAAUAAUAUCUAA